AAACUGGCGAUGGUAUUCUAAUAUGAGACGGAAGUGGAUGUAACUGGGUACUGAGCGGUGUAAAGAAAGUGACGAUUAAUAUGAGCGACAGUUUAGCGUGUUUACUGGUUGAAAGGGAGGCGUAAAUACAUUUUAUUGCAAAAUGAACGCGCCGCCAGCAUUCGAGUCAUUCUUGUUGUUCGAGGGCGAGAAAAAGAUAACUAUUACAAAAGAUACCAAAGUACCCAAUGCCUGUUUAUUUACUAUAAACAAAGAAGACCACACAAUUGGAAAUAUCAUUAAAUCACAGCUGCUGAAGGAUCCCCAAGUUCUAUUUGCUGGAUACAAAGUUCCCCAUCCUUUGGAGCAUAAGAUUAUUAUAAGAGUUCAGACAACCCCAGACUACAGCCCACAGGAGGCUUUUACCAAUGCAAUUACAGACUUGAUAAGCGAACUGUCUCUUCUUGAGGAAAGAUUUAGAGUUGCUAUUAAAGACAAACAAGAAGGAAUUGAAUGAAUAAAUGGCUGGAAUUAAUUUGCACACUGGAACCCAUGGUGUUUUUGUUGUUUAGUAGCAGUCACAGUACCCUUUUUUUUUUUUUUUAAGGGAGGAUAUAUGUAAACGACGAGAUUCUUUUUCACCUUGAUCUGUAUAGACCAUUUUUUUUAAAUAAAAAAAUAAAUUGCUUAAUCAUGA